AUGACAGGCUGCUGUGCUGUGAAGUCCACUCCGCCCGCACCAACUGUACCGCCGUUAGACCCUGGCUUGAGAGCCUCUAAAAUUUCACCACCUCACCACAGCCCACCUCCAAAACCAACAUCACCACCCCUCCUCAAGCAUGUCCCCAGCACCAUGGAUAUGCCGAACCUGCACAAGAGCGUUAACACGCUCUCACAUGCGCCAGUUCGUGCGCUUCGCCACCAAUGCCGUAUUUCAGAUGCCUCACCACUCCUCGCACCAGCCCUCCUACAACGCGCCCAAUCCCUAACUACCGAACACGACGACCUCCAAAAAACCCUCAACUCCUCCUUCGAUUCCAACACAGCUAAGCGAGUCGGAGAACUCUCCCGUGUUGCGGAAGCCCUCAAAGAGUGGGAAUCGUCUCAGGCGUCGGUCACAGAAUUGACGUCUAUGCUUGACGACCCUGAUCAAGACGCCGAUCUCGCUGCUAUCGCCCGUGAUGAGCUCAGCUCCGAGACAGGGAAGCUCGACUCCCUCGCCCGCAAGCUUUCCGCCAGCUUGACACCCCGCCAUCCUUUCGCAGAUUUCCCAUGCAUGAUCGAGUUCCGCCCCGGCCCUGGUGGUCUUGAAGGCCGGUUCUUUAUGGAUACGCUGUUCAAGAUGUACAAGGCGCUAUGCAUGCGUCGAGGUUACCGCCAUACAGUCGUCAAGUACGAAUUCGCCGAUGGUGCAGGCGACUCGUCUUCCUCAGCCGGCGAGAACCCCCUCCAAGAAGCCAUUCUCGAGGUCCACGACCAAGGCGCCUUCGACAUCUUCCGUGGGGAAGCAGGCAUGCACCGUGUUCAGCGCAUUCCUAGCACCGAGACAAAAGGCCGCGUGCACACCAGCGCAGUCGCAGUGUGGGUUCUUCCCUCGUUUCCCGAAAACGGAGCAACCAACAUCGACUUCGACGAUCCCGAGAGCGACUUCUACGUAAAUCCCCAGGAACUCAAGAUUGAGACGAUGCGAGCCCGAGGUGCAGGAGGACAGCACGUUAACAAAACCGAGUCCGCGAUCCGCAUGACACAUUUACCCACAGGCACGACGGUGUCGAUGCAGGAUCAUCGUUCCCAGCAGCGCAAUCGUGAGGAAGCGUGGAAGUUGAUGAGAUCACGAAUUGCCGAUCAGCGACGAGAGGCUCGCGAAGAGGAGGCAUCAAAGUUGAGGAACAGUGUGCUCUCAAAGACACAGAUCACGCGAGGUGAUAAGAUCCGCACGUACAACUACAACCAGGACCGAUGUACCGACCAUCGCGCUGGCGUUGAUGUGUACGGCUUGUCAAAUGUGUUGGAAGGUGGUGAAAAGAUGGACAGAAUCAUGGACGGCGCCAAGGAUUGGCUUGUUAGCAAGGAUAUUGAACUUCUCAUGGCUGAAGAAGAGGCCAAGGAAAAGCAGACAAAGAAGACCAAAUAG